CUCCCCCUCUAGGUGAGUCAAAAGCAGCCCAGAAUCAGGAAGUAGGAUGCCGUGACAGACAUGAGUAGGCAGAAGGAAAUGGGCACCACCACCACACAAUGUCACUAUGUCUGCUGCUGAUCCUGUCCAUGGUAACACAAGGACGAGAGGGAGGAGAGGCCACAGGGAAAUGACCCCAUCGUCGAUCAUGUUGCUGCUGGCUCUGACAGCCUGCCUGGCUGGGACUGUGUUCUGCCAGGGUGAUGAGGACACAAGUACUGUUGAAGAAACACAAACAGAAAAUGAUGCUUGGUUCUCAGUGAUCCCAACUGUAAGUGAUGCUACCCCUACACCAGACUCAUACCUAUCAUCUGAGAGUCCUUCAGAGGGAUAUGAGACUGAAGCUGAAUCUGGUUCUGGAUUCAGUCCAGGUGUCAAUAUAGAAGAGGAAAUUUCCACGACAGAGGAUCAUCUCAAAUCCUCUGAAGCAUCACUGGAGGACAGUCUGAGUCUCACCUUCGUCCUGGUUCCUGUUGUGCUGGUGGUUGUGAUAAUCGCCAUGGUAGUGGGAGUAGUCAUAAUCAACCGCAGAUGGAAUCAGAAAGGAAAGAGCAAUUCUGAUAACGUAGAAGAGGAUAAAUAUUUGCAUGGUAGCGAUGACACAGAAAAAGUUCCAAUGCCCAUGUUUGAGGAUGAUGUCCCCUCUGUGUUGGAGCUGGAGAUGGAAGACCUGGAACAGUGGAUGAAUAAAGAUGGUGGCGUUCGAAUGGACUCUGGACAAGGGAUCUAACAUGAGAUCAUGGCUAGUCCCUAAAGAGUCACGGAGUCAGUCAAUUCUCUCUCCCAACCGUCCUCUUGCUGUACUGCCGGUGACAAAGGACAUUUCCCCAUCGCAGGGAAGGACAUUCUGUUACCCAGCAGCACUGUAGGCUUCUUCUAUUCAUGUCAAUGUCAAAGCAACGUCAUCAACCGACCACAUUGACAACAAGAAAGCAACACCUCCGCCAAGGUGACUGCAAAAAAACAGGAAAUGCUGAAUUUAUUUUCCAUUUCAGCAUAAACAAAAGACAAGAAACAAUAAAUGCACAAGUUAAAUGUUUUUAGAACGUAACAUCUUAAAAUCUGCAUCAAAUGUACUGUGGUAUCGACUCUCUGGAGAAACAGUGUGUGGCAAUAGUCCUUUCACUACACGGAUCCUGAUUGUGGUCGGCCUAAUAAUGAAUGCUUUUUGCAACGCCUUCAACUCAGUACUGUGCCUUUUUAGUCAUUGUUUCAACUUCAUAUACACUUUUUAUGUCAUUGUUUUACUGUCUUUUGUAAAACACAGGAGGUUGGUGGCACCUUUAUUGAGGAGGACAGGCUCGGGGUAAUGGCUGGAGCAGAAUGAGUGGAAUGGUAUCAAAUGCAUCAGACACUUGGUUUCCAUGCGUUUGAUGCCAUUCCAUUCGCUCCGUUCCAGCCAUUAUUAUGAGCUGUCCUCCCCUCAGCAGCCUCCUGUGGAGUAAAACGUGUAAAACUAUUGCUGAAAGCGGGUGUCGGUAGCCAUGUUCUGACACCCAGACAACAAUAUCAGGACUUGACCUCCAAAGAUCCUACAGGCCCUCCCCUUUACAACAUAAACACAUAUUCCAUGCCCACAGUAAAGCCAGACCAGAUGGUAUAUAGCCUUAUUCCAAUGGCCAGCUAACCCAGUCCCAUGAUAGAUAUGAUGGCUCUAACCCAGUCCCAUGAUAGAUAUGAUGGCUCUAACCCAGUCCCAUGAUAGAUAUGAUGGCUCAAAUGUUUAUGCUAAAGACUAAUGUCUCCUCCUCUCCUCUGCUCUGUCCCUUCUGGUUGUAGUUACACAGACUGCAUGUGGAUCUAUCUCUCUGUCUCUCUCUCUCUCACAAACUCCGACUCUAAUUACGAAACCCUGUCUAUUGUUUUAUGCAUGAGAUAACUGAGAACUGCUGGUACACUGCUUUGCUUUGGUAUAUGCGCAUCACGCAAUGCUAAAGCUGUUUAGAAUUCAAGAGGGAUUCGGGAAGGUAAUUUCUGAGAUAGUCUGUGAGAUAUUUUCACAGAGUGCAAAUUUCUGUUUGGUUGUUAUAUAUAGUGACGGUCUUGUGAUGUUUUGUUUUCCAUUAUUUUCUUUGAGAAACAGUAUUUCACAAUUACUGUCAUUACAUCCUAAGCAUGUAAUUCCUGUUGAUGGUACACUGUCUUUCAUUGGUUGAAUAUGUUUUUCCUCCAAUGAUAGUGGUGUUGUUGAUAUGCAAUCUGAAUCUACAAAUUCUCGUCACAUCGAUGUAUAAAUGUUUUGCUCAGCUCUACGUGACAGUCAGUAUUUUGCAGUAACUUUCAUUGUAAAUAUGUGGAAGAUAUUUUUUUUACUCGCAUGUAUAUUUUUUAACUGUGUAUAUUGUGCUUGAUUUGAUACAAAUAUUGAUAUUUGCUUAUGGUCAUAGGAGUGAAUGUGGUCCCUCAAUCUCUGUUAGGUUCUCAUACUUGUCAGUAAUCCAAGUGUUACAGCAGUAGUUAUAGUCAUUUCAAUAAGGAACCAACUGUCCUGCCAAUAUAUUUGCAUAUUUGUAAAUCCUCAAUAAAUCUGUGACGCGCUA